CUUGUCUAUGUAAGCUCUGUGCGUGUGGUCAACAAACCUGCUAAGCUAGCUAGCUGAAAUCUUCCCGGGUCUGCGAGUGAUUCAAACAGAUAAAAUAUGGCAACUGCACAAGUAUUCGACUCCAAAACAUUUUGUAUAAUCACAGGAGGAAGUCGAGGUAUAGGUCGUGCCAUAGCAGUAACAUUAUCUGCGAAAUUUGGUCCAGGUUCAGUCCUAGUAUUGACGGGACGUUCAGCAGCGGAUCUCAACGAGACGCAGCGUCAAGUCCAGGCCACUGCGCCUGGCGUAAGCGUGAAUGUAAUUACCGCUGAUCUUUCUAAAGCUGAAACCCUGUCCGAUUCAUUUUCUAGCCUGACUAAAGCUGUGAACCCGUCGGAUUUUCAGCAUGUGUUACUUGUUAAUAACGCAGGAAGCAUCAAUGACAUGUCGAGAUAUAUGAGACAGAUUACUACUUUAGAUGUGGAUAACCUGCAGCAAUAUUUCAUGCUGAAUUUAACAUCAGCACUAUUGUUAACCACUCACUUCUUGCGAACCUUCCCACACCGAGAGGGACUGCGGAGAACUAUUAUCAACAUCACAUCUCUCGCUGCUAUCAAGCCGAUGAAGACAUGUGGUCUGUAUUGUAUGGUAAAGGCGGCCAGAGACAUGAUGAUGAUGACCUUAGCAGCUGAAGAACCAGACGUACGCUUCCUGAACUAUGCCCCUGGUCCAGUAGAUACAGACAUGUAUAGAGAAAUCUGUAAUGAGAGCAUUGAUCAGGAGUUGAGAGAGAUGAUGAUUGGUGUAGAAACCAACAAUGUGCUCCUCAAACCUCAUCAAACUGCUGAGAAGUUAGCUCUUUUUCUGGAGGGAGAUGGAUACGAGUCUGGGGCGCAUGUUGAUUACUUUGAUGUCCCAGAGAAGCAGGAGAAUUCAUCAUCUUGAAUCACAUACAUUAAUCAUCUAUUAAAUAUAUUUUUUGUCAAUGCAUGUCUACUGUCAAUAGGCUGCUUCAAAAGUAAUACAUGAACCCAGUGAUUUUUGGUGUUUCAUGAGAUUGCCAAAGAUUGUACAAGGUUAUGUGAGGUGUCCAGGUAUGUAGCCUAAGGGUUUUAUCAGGAUUCAUUUAAUUUCAAGAUUCGCUUGGUAAUGCUUAUAUUGAGAUCGUCCAUGGUUAAAGAUAAACUUUAGUACUGGUAAUGCGAUUGCAUUGUGAAAGAAAAGGUGUGGAAAAGAUCAGAAACAGUUGAUCAUGUAGCAUGUAAGUAUUG